AUGACGACCCGAAGAAUCGUACUGUUCUGCGCCGUCGCCGCGUGCGUCUCAGCCGCCUCGUCGGAGAUCUCUGUCCGCAUCGAGAGACAUUUCCCAUGCUCAGCUAGCUCAGGACCAAAGAAAGAUACUCUCCUUAUCAAGUUCCCUUCAUACAAAACAGCUGGAGUUCAGUUCCAUGAAGAAAUCAGCGAGAAUGGACACAAAUGCUUCAGAAUGUCCGGAGGAAAAGUUGAGGUGUAUGCCCCAGGACUCGAUGGAUCUAAAAAAUACUAUGUUCAUCUUGAGACUAGAAUUGGAAUCCACGGAAAGCCAGAGAGAUGCGUAAACGCUGACUCAAAUGGAUGCGGAGGAAUCGGAUCUUGCGUCCACUGUGAUAUCUGCCACACUAUGGGAGGAUCUCUUAAGAACUUUGUUCAAAUCUUCCAAGCCGACAAGCCAGCUCAAUGCUCUAGCAAGGGACUCCCAGCCGGAUCAUACACCGACCUCUCCCUCCGAGUCUGUCUUCCAACCAAAAACGAACUCCUUCCAUUCCUUGACCAAAACGCUUCCCGUGCCGAACAAUUGUGGGAUCUCUUCGUCAGCUCCCGCGCCCGUUCCGGUGAAAUUCCACUUGUCAUCGCUGCUCGUCUUUUUGACAGACCAAUCAACAACAUGGAUGCCAAGUCAUUGAACACACUACUCCAUGACACCAAGGAAGGAAUGAUUGGAUGCCACUGGAUCUACGCCACUGUCUCCCAACCAAACUAA